GGAUCAGUCCAGUCCAGUCAAGUCCAGUCCAUCUGUCACAGGAGCUAGCUUCCCAGACAGGGAUUGGGUACUGCACCGACUCACCCACUGGCUUCACACACAUAGGAGAACCUUUGAGGCAGUGAUCACCAGUUUUCACAGCAGAUGGCAGCGCCGGCACUGAAGCUGAAAGACAGGUAAAGGAGACUUUUGCUUUGAAAUACCAGACGUUUACCUGAAGAAUAUGAAGUUUACCGACGAAGAGCUUGCCUUUGUCACAUGCCGUCAUCUCACAAAUGCAGUAACCUCUUAAAAUCACCAGCCCUAUUAACCAGCUCAUUAUUGCCUUACUGCCAUCAUCCAGUGUAUCAGCAAAACCCUCAGACAUCAUCUACCUGCUCAACACUUGCCUAGGUGCUUUAAUUACCUGGGAACAGCUUCCUCUUCAACUCUCCAGUGUAUUUUCUUACUCCAGAGAACCUCCAUUCUCCAAUGAUGCGGACCGACGGCAAAGGCCGAAGUGCCUCCCCUCACAGGAUAACCUAUAAGUCUGACUUUCAUGCCAUUAAAUGCUCAUUUGACACUGGCACCAGUCUACAACAAGGAACCAAAGCUGCAGCUGCUGUGGAACUAAGCAGGCUGCCAACCAGCCUGUCAGAUCCCAUAAUGUGCCAUACCAGCACAGGGAGCAGAGGGAGGGUUCACAGCACUAGAGGGACCAAGAUCAGAGACAACAUCUUCCUCCAAAUGGACAGCAAUCAGCUGAAACAAGAUGGUGGGCCUCUACUGAGUUCUGGCUCCACAUCCCUCCUCUCCCCACAAAAUCCUAGCCCACAGCCGCAAACGUCACCUUAUGCUGGAUCCAGACGUUCAGUCAUGAGUUCCUCGUCUAUUCUGAGCACGGUGGCCAGCAUUUCUUCUCUUCCAGAAUCCUCAGUGCAAGGGAGAACUUCUAGAUCAGACGAGAUAAAAGACAUCGACAGAGCGGCUCUGGCUCAGAAGUUCACUGUAACCCGGAGGCUGUUUGAGACCAAGGUGAUGGAGGUUGGAGGAGUUUCAAAACCUGUGACUGGCAGAGAAAGCAAGGGGACGGCAGAUGGUAAAGUAGAUGCAGAUGAUUGCGGAGGAGGAGGAGGAGGGACACAGGCGGAAAAAGAGGAAGAGGCGAAUGGGCGAAGGAAGCAGAAUGGCUUCGAUAAAGAUCAAUCCAUAAACCUACAUGUCCUAGAUGUUUCCUCAGCUAAGGUUACUGCACCCACAACACUGACAAGUCACCUUAACUCUCAUAUGUUGCAUGGUGACACAUCCAGAAAACUUCCCUCUUAUCUUGACAAACCUGGUGAAACCACAGGAACACAAGCAGAGGGAAAAGGGCCCAAAUGCACUAAUCCUGAUUUCUGCCUAACUCCUGAGCCAGUGAGAGCUGAACUUGUUGAUGUAAACACAGACUCGUCAGAAAGUGAUGGGACCGAAGAAGAAAAAGAGCGAAAGGAGAUCAAACAAUGGUUGCAGGAUGAGCGGGAAGUUAAUAUGAACACAUUUGCUGGAGGAAGUGUGGAGGCCCUCGUUGAUGAUGUCUUUGAAGAGGCUCGCAUAGAAAGAGCAAGGACCGUCGCUCCCACAGAAGAGCAACAGAGGCAGUUAACCACAAGCACGUCACGUAAAAAAGAGAUUGAAGAUGACGGAGAAAGUGGAAGAAACAAGUAUUGGCAAGUGGAUGAUCCAUGGGAGGGUGAAAAGGAGGAGCAGAACAGAGAGUACAUUUCACCAGCUGAGAAGAAGUCGACUGAAAAGAGGGAAGAAAGGGAGAAAAAGAUAGAUGUAGGAGUGGAGAUAGGGGAUGGAAGUAAAGAGAAUGGUGUGAUGGAUGAGAAGGAUGUUGACAAGGACGCUGAGGAGAAGAGGCAUGGUAAGGGUGAAGAGCAAGGAUGUAGACAAAGUCAAGAGAAGGAGCAAUGUGAAAAUGGAUCUGAGCACGAGGAGGUCAAGCAUGUGCUGUGGAAAGGUUGUAGUGAUGGAAAAGGUGACACCGCCGCGGGCAGUAGGGAGGACAAGACGGGAUCUGCAGUAAUCUGCAGGAUUGAGAACAAGGAUUUUGUGUUUAAUAAAGAAUCUCCGCGUCAGCCAGAACAUUCAACACCACCAAAACCAGACUUUGGAAAUGCACUGCAGGCAGGAAACCGGUGUUUAUUGGAAUAUGAGGAAAUUCCUGGUGUUCCUGCUCAGGAUGGCGACGACACAGAGGCAGAAAAGAGGAAGGUCAGGUUCUCCACAGCACCAAUCAAGGUGUUCAGCACUUAUUCUAAUGCAGAAUACGACAGACAAAAUGAGGACAUUGACCCAGUGGCUGCCUCUGCUGAGUAUGAGCUGGAGAAGAGAGUGGACAGGAUGGACGUCUUUCCAGUGGAGAUAAAAAAGGGACACGAGGGUCUGGGUAUCAGUAUCAUAGGAAUGGGUGUAGGAGCCGACCAGGGACUGGAAAAACUGGGAAUCUUUGUCAAGACAGUAACUGAAGGCGGCGCAACACAGAAGGAUGGAAGGAUUCGAGUCAAUGACCAGAUAGUGGAGGUGGAUGGGGUGAGUUUGGUUGGUGUCUCCCAGCUGUUUGCAGCCACAGUCCUUAAGAAUACGUCGGGCCUUGUCAAGUUUCUGAUUGGUCGUGAGAAAGAAGGGGUGGAGAGUGAGGUCGCGCGACUGAUCAAUGAGAGCCUGGAAAUGGACAAGUUAUCCAGAAAGAGUGAAACGGCAGGCGAAGAUGAGGACAGUGACGACGGCGGCAUGUCCGAGAGGGACUCCGUCACUGAACAGGAGGAGGAGGAAGAGGACGAAGAGGACGUGUCUGCUCUCUCGUGGCUGGACAGCCACCAACUCUGCCUCAAGUACCAGCAGCUUCUGUCGAAACUACAAAGCAAAACGGCCCAACUUCACCACGUGAGAGAAAAGUUAAAGGUGUGGGAGGAGCAGCAGGUGAGCUGGGAGAGUCAGAAGGCUGAGCUGGAGCAGAGAGCAGAGGAUGGAGAGGAGAAAGCUGAAAAACUAGAAAAGUAUUGGCAAGAAGCCCAGACGCUGUGCAGGGUUGUGAGCCAGCGACUGGCUGAUGCCCAGAGCCAAUCAGAAAGCCUGGAGAUCAAAUACGGCAAAGCUAAGAGGCUGGUGAGAGAAUACCAGAGCAGGGAGGAGGAGAGGGAGAGAACAGAAGCAGAUUUGAGGAGAGAAAUGGAGGAGAGAGAUAAGCAGCACAAAGAUGCGUUUGAAAGGCUGCAAAUGAAGAUGGCACAGCUAGACAACAAUGAGCCUUCAGCUGAAAGGAACAACCACUGUGUGGACUCUUCUCUCAUGAGUCCAGACUGGAAUAUUCCUGUCCCUGAUACGAUGCGCUUGGACUCCAGUGCUCACAUAGGCAGAGCUCAGUUGGCCCAGAAAUCUAAGCGCCACCCACCAUCACGAGACAAACUGAGAGAGAGCUUUAGAAAACAGGAAGAUGAAGUCCAGAAACCUCAGUCUGCACCCACAGAGGUACAAAGGAGCAGUAGAAGCAACAUGUCCAGUAUCUCCUCGUUCUCCGCCCUCUGUCCUCUUCCUCCCACCAGCUCUGUCUUCACUCCCCCAAUCUAUGUCACUGAUGUCACUCCUUCACCAUGCAAAUCCAAAGCUUCCAGGAAGUCCAAAAAGAAAUUUCCAGACUUUAGUGGCCUUCGCAAGUCCAUCGGCAAAAGAAAAAGUGAGAAACACAGCAGACGGUCCACGAACAGCACGGGGUCAUGUGGAGACCUGUUGGAUGAGCCCACCGGAGUGUCUCCAUCAGACUCGGUCUCCUCCAUGCCUUCAUGCUUGCCCUUUCCCUGGUUUGGAGAACGAGGGAGAGAAAAAGAGGAAGAGGAGGAGGAGAGAGGCAGGGAGAGGCUUCGCUCAGUGUCCAGCAGCAGUUUGCCGUACCUGACCACCACCGGCAGAAGAGCUCGGAGUAUUGGCUCUCCAGUGGGCAGCUCCAGCAUGGGCCAUUCCUCUGAUCACUCCCUUUCUGGGCACUCUCACACUUUCACUUUUUCCUCCACUGAGACAUUGGACGAUGACCCAGUUCCCACCAAUAACAACAACCAGUGGCAAAGUCGACCAGUGUUGCAGUGGGACAACCAGCAGGUCUGUCUGUGGUUGACGGCCAUCGGCAUGCACCAGUAUAUGUCUGAGUUUGCUGCCAGAGGAGUGGACGGGAGACAGCUGCUCAACAUGGACAAUGAGAAGCUCAAGGCUCUGGGCGUGUGCAGUCAAAGCGACCGGUCUGUGCUCAAGAAAAAGCUGAAGGAGAUGAAGAAGAGGGAAGAGAAAGACCAGAGGAAAGGGGAGAAGUGGCUGAAAGAAGAGAAACGGAGAGAAAAGGACCAAGUUUUGGACAAGGAGAAUGACCGAAAAGAUAAAACGAGAAUGGCGACGGAGAGGUCUGUGACAGACGUUGGGUACGGUGUUAAAACCAUAAGAACGGAGUCUCUCUUAUAAAGACAGCUGGCUCUGCGUUCACCACCAGCAGGGGGGAGUGUUUGCAGUCAUCACUGGUUGUUCUUUGUCCUUAAUGAUAUUAUGUCCUCAACUACUGACACAUGAACACUGGCGUUCAUUGAUGGAAAGAUCUGUGAAUGACACCAGACUUAAACGCCAUCACCACAGUAGUAUUUUUAUUGUCCAUUGUAAAGUUUGUGUGUGAGAAUUUCUGUUUACUGUUUGGUUUUAUGAACUUCAAAUUCUUAAGUUAUUUAACAAUGUGCUCAUUUGAAGCACGCACUUGCUGUAAAUGCUUUUUUAUCUAUCAAUAAAUAAUGAUUUAAAUCAUA